AUGGCUCCAUGCAGUGUGAGGACCCUUGAUCAUCAGGCUGGUGGCCAACUGAGAAAGCUGAGGAAACCGGUGAUCGAGAAGAUGAGGAGAGACCGGAUUAACAGCAGCAUUGAGCAGCUGCACAUCUUACUGGAGAAGGAGUUCCAGAGACAUCAGCUCCCCUCCAAACCUGAGAAAGCCGAUAUCCUGGAGAUGACGGUCACCUUACUGCAGCGCCACAUGGCGGAGAGAAAUGUCACAGCCUCCAGCCAGGCCCAGAGAGAAGGCUUCUCCACCUGCGUCCAGGACUCCAUCACCUUCCUGUCCCAGCACAAACAGACCGAGCUCCAGAUCCAGCUGCUGCAGAACCUCCCUGGGGCUCACACUAUGACAUACGGGGCUGUAUCUCCUCCUGUAUCCUCCAUCCACCAGACCCCCAGCAAACACAGCCCCCUGGACAGCAGCAAAGCCUUGUGGAGACCUUGGUAACAUGGACUAUAAUUUGGGACUGUUGAGCACUUCCAUUGGAAUAUAUUGCACUGUGCAGCUAUAGGUCACUAUAGUAUUUGAUGGUAGAUGUAUAUAAUCUACUGUAUUAUUUAUAACUAUGUUAUAUUAUCAUGAGAGUCCUAGGCAUGAUCUGAGGAUGUUCUAAUAAGUCUUCCAUGAAGAGCCUGUGCUGGGGAACCAGCUGAAAGUAUGGGUAUCCCAAAGGGGAACAGCCAAUCCCUAUAUACUUUGGGGUUCAUUUACGAUCAGAAAUACGCCUAUAUUAGUUGUAUUUCUGAUGCAGAAUUUGCGCUGUAAUGUGCGUUUUUUUUUUUUCCCCCUAAGCACUAAUAUAGCACCCACAGAAGUCUAUGAGGCCCGGUGUACACAUGCCUCUGGUUUUAUAUGUAGUGCCUAUGUCUCCUUUAUAUUCUUACAGUAGAAGUAACCUCAUAUGUGGCACCAGUGGCAAUAGCCUGGUUACUAAAGCAUACUACAUAGACUAUCCUAGUAAAUGACACCUAUAAUGAUGUCUAGCAGGAUAUAUGUAGGACUGUAUAAAUAUGCUCAUAGAGGAUGGGAAAUAAGACAUUGUGUUUGUGUAUAUAUAUAUAUUCCAGUAUCUGGAGUUAAGUGAAUAUGAGUAUUGUUAUGUCAGGCUCUGUAAUGGGGCAAUGGCUGUGGU